AUGGAAGUGUCUGAAGAAGAGAAGAUCUUGUACGAUGGGGAGGAGUUUAAAGAUAUGAGAGGUAAUUUGUAUGAUUCAUUAUUUGAACUUGAUUCCAGAAAGAGGAAAAAUGAAGUGAUUGAAGAUGUAGUUCCUCCCAAACUUGCCAUGAGGAAAAGACGACAAAUUACUUACCCUAACACCUCUCAUUCUGUUCCUGUCAAACCUUCCACGAGAAGAAGAACCUGCAUCCCUACUCCCAGCCCUAGCACCUCUCAUUCUGUCGAGAGUUCCACCGGGACUCAAGUAGAUGAUGAAGGCCCUCAAAUGAAUCCAACAUCAACAGCUCCCCAGGAUAGAUUUAGAUUGGAUCAACUAGCGAAGGAGGUAAAUAAACUAAAAACUGAAAUAAAUCUCAUAAAAGAGAUAUUGAACCAACUACAAGAACAAUUUGGCAUAAUGUCAGUCACACUAGAGGAGGAACGAAGCAUGAGGAGAUUGAAGAGGAAUGAGAAGAAGGAGAAUGUUGAGGUUAUUGAGGAAGACAAGGAUGAGGAAGAUUUGGAGAAGGUGGAUAUGUUAAUGGAGAAGAAGAAUAAGAAUGUUAAUGUGGAGAAGGAGAAGAAGAACGACAAAAAGAAGGUGGUGGAGAAGGUGGAUGUGGUAGUGGAGAAGGAUGAGGAAGACAAAGAUGAGGAUGUGGAGAAUGUGAAUGAGGAAGACAAGGAUAAUGAUCUGUUGGAGGAGAAGGAUGAUGAAUCAAUCAAUGAGGAAUAUGUGGAGAAGGUGAAUGUGUUUGAGGAGAUUGAGAAAGAUGUGGAGAAGGUGACUGUGUUGGAGGAGAAGGAGGAAGAUGUGGAGAAGGUGAAUGUGUUGGAGGAGAAGGAUGAGAAUAUGGUGAAUUAG